ACAACAAAGAGACAUACAGUGACUUUGCUUUCUGUGUGAGGGGCAUUUUUCCUCAUAACGGAACUGAAUAGAAAGGAGCUUAUGGGAAGCUGUUAGGAAUCAAGGUGCAGAUGUGAAAGAAAACUAGACAAGAAAGAAAAUAAGAGAGCAGCCAGCAGAAGGGCUGAGAAGUACGAAUAGGAGCUGGCAAAGAAGGCACCGGAGAACUGAGGGGGAGCUGAGGGCGCCCGGUCCGGGUGCACGGAGCUGGGCGUCAGGGCGAAGAGGAACCGUGAUCAAAACCCUACAUGGAUGAGGGGAAAGGCAGACGGUGCCGGAGGAGCGGGGCAGAGGCCCCCAGCCGCAGGGCUGAAGCACAGAGGAGGCUCUGAGGCGGGCACCCCAAAGCGGCUGCCUCACAGCAGGACCGGGACCAGGCGCCGCUCCCCUCAGCGGCCAGCGGCCACCUCGCCCCGCCCGGUACCUCGAACAUCAGCCCCAGCAGGAUGCCCACGGCCAGGUAGGACGCGGCGUCCGCGUGGUUCUGGAGGACGAACUCAGGGCUGAGCACCGGCGGGCUCCUGCCCUUCCUGCGGAGCCCCAUCGCGCCCGCGGCCCCACUGAGGGGUGCGGCGACUCCCGCCCAACCGCCUUCACCUCACACACGGUAAACACAUCCAGCCCCAUGGGCCCACCCCCUCCUCAGUUUUAACCAAUCAAGAUGAAGGCAACCACGAGUGGCGGCGGUGAAAGCUAAUGGUUAGGCGACUUGGAAGAGCGGUUUUUAAGGGGGUGAAGCUUCGUGAGGCGGUUGGGCGCUCGCGGCUGGAGACGGGGUCAUGUUCAAGCAGUGAAGUGACCCCUUCUACCUGUUACAAGUAUGCUGUUUUCAGUAGAUCUCUAAAGUGCUGAAGUCUUGUCUUUGGCAUAGCUGUAGAAAUCAACCAGAGAUCUGCUUGCCCACGCAGAAGGAACUGAGAAUGACUUCUUUAUUUUAUGCUUCAGUUAAAUAAGAUGAUUUAAUUCGGAAUUUGAGAAAAUUCAGAGGAAAAAAAGUCAUCAUCAUGGGUUUGGCUGAAGAGGAAAUAAAGGCAGAGCAGGAGGUGGUGGAGGGGAUGGAUAUCUCCACUCGAUCCAAAGAUCCUGGCUCUGCCGAACGCACAGCACAAAAAAGGAAGUUUCCCAGCCCUCCACAUUCCUCUAAUGGCCACUCACCACAAGAUGCAUCAACAAGUCCUAUAAAAAAGAAAAAGAAACCUGGUCUAUUGAACAGUAAUAAUAAAGAGCAGUCAGAACUAAGACAUGGUCCGUUUUACUAUAUGAAGCAGCCACUCACCACAGACCCUGUUGAUGUUGUACCACAGGAUGGACGGAAUGAUUUCUAUUGCUGGGUUUGUCAUCGGGAAGGCCAAGUCCUCUGCUGUGAACUCUGUCCUCGGGUUUAUCAUGCUAAGUGUCUGAAACUGACAGCGGAACCAGAGGGGGAUUGGUUUUGCCCAGAAUGUGAGAAAAUCACAGUUGCAGAAUGCAUAGAAACACAGAGUAAAGCUAUGACAAUGCUCACCAUUGAACAGCUAUCAUAUUUACUGAAGUUUGCACUACAGAAAAUGAAACAGCCAGGGACAGAGCCAUUUCAAAAGCCAGUUUCACUGGAUCAACACCCAGAUUAUGCAGAAUAUAUCUUUCAUCCAAUGGACCUUUGUACAUUAGAGAAGAAUGUUAAAAAGAAAAUGUACGGUUGCACUGAAGCAUUUUUGGCUGAUGCCAAAUGGAUUUUGCACAACUGCAUUAUUUACAAUGGGGGAAAUCACAAAUUGACACAAACAGCAAAAGUCAUCAUCAAAAUCUGUGAGCAUGAGAUGAAUGAAAUUGAAGUAUGUCCGGAAUGUUACUUAGCUGCUUGCCAAAAACGAGAGAAUUGGUUUUGUGAGCCUUGUAGCAAUCCUCAUCCUUUGGUCUGGGCUAAACUCAAAGGCUUUCCAUUCUGGCCUGCUAAAGCACUGAGGGAUAAAGAUGGGCAAGUUGAUGCCCGUUUCUUUGGCCAACAUGACAGGGCCUGGGUUCCAAUAAAUAAUUGCUACCUCAUGUCAAAAGAAAUUCCUUUUUCUGUGAAAAAGACUAAAAGCAUCUUCAAUAGUGCAAUGCAAGAAAUGGAGGUUUAUGUUGAUAACAUUCGCAGAAAGUUUGGAGUAUUUAAUUAUGCACCUUUCCGGACACCAUAUACUCCCAACAAUCAAUACCAAAUGUUGUUAGAUCCUGCAAACCCAACUGCUGGAACUGCAAAGACAGACAAACAGGAGAAAAUCAAACUGAACUUUGAUAUGACAGCAUCGCCCAAGAUUCUAAUGAGCAAGCCUAUGUUGAGCAGUAGUACUGGUCGUAGGAUUUCGUUGACAGAUAUGCCACGGUCACCAAUGAGUACAAACUCAUCAGUGCACACUGGAUCUGAUGUUGAACAGGACGCAGAGAAAAAAGCAACUUCCAGUCAUUUUAGUGCAAGCGAAGAAUCCAUGGACUUUACAGAGAAAAAUACAGCUUCUCCAGCACCAACAAGAGCAGGUCAAGCAGGGAGCUUGUCAGGCAGUCCCAAACCCUUCUCUCCUCAAGCGUCAACGCCAAUUUCUGCUAAGCAAGAAAGAACUUCCACUCCGGGAAGCAUUCUGAAUCUUAAUCUUGAUCGUAGCAAAGCUGAGAUGGAUCUGAAAGAGUUGAGUGAGUCAGUCCAACAGCAGUCCACCCCUGUGCCACUCAUUUCACCAAAACGACAGAUACGUAGUAGGUUCCAGCUUAAUCUUGACAAGACAAUAGAGAGUUGUAAAGCACAACUUGGAAUAAAUGAAAUAUCUGAAGCUGUUUAUACUGCAGUAGAACACAGUGACUCUGAAGAUUCUGAAAAAUCUGACACCAGUGACAGUGAAUAUAGUGAUGAGGAUCAGAAAUCAAAGAAUGAUCAAGAAGAUGGAGAGGAUAAGGAAGGUACAAGGAGCGACAAAGAAUCAUUGAGCUUGAAAAAAAAACCUAAGCCCCCAGCACAGAAUGAAGACAAGGAGGAACUUAAAAGCACAAGUCCAGAAGUGGAGAAAACAGAUGACCCAGUCAAAGAAAAGGCAAUUACUGACACUGAGAAAGAAUAUUCUGAAAAGGGAAAAAGUUUGCAACAUCCUGCAAAAGAAAAACUGAAAGGUAAAGAUGAGACAGACUCUCCAACUGUGCAUCUAGGACUGGACUCUGAUUCUGAGAGUGAACUUGUCAUUGAUCUCGGAGAUGAUCAUUGUGGGCGUGAAGGACGGAAAAACAAGAAAGAAUCUAAAGAACCUCCUCCUAAACAAGAUGUUGUAGGUAAAACUCCACCUUCUUCCAGUGCAAGCACCCAGCCUCUACCAGAAACUCCAGUUCUUACCCGCUCUGCAGCACAGACUCCACCAGCUGGUGUGACAGCAACUACCAGUGCUACUUCUACUGUUAGCGCUCCAUCUGCAGCCACUGGAAGCCCUGUGAAAAAGCAGAGACCUCUGCUGCCUAAGGAAACAGCCCCUGCUGUGCAGCGAGUAGUGUGGAAUUCUUCAAAUAAAUUUCAGACAUCUUCUCAAAAAUGGCACAUGCAGAAGGUGCAGAGACAGCAGCAACAGCAGCAGAACCAGCAGUCUCAGUCACAGCAACCUCAGUCCUCUCAAGGCACAAGAUACCAGACAAGACAAGCAGUUAAAGCUGUGCAGCAGAAAGAGAUCACCCAGAGCACUUCCACAUCAACUAUAACCUUGGUUACAAGUACUCAACCGAUUUCUAUGGUUACAAGUUCUGGAUCUGCAAAUACACUUUCUUCCUCAGUUAAUACAGACUUGCCAAUUGCAACAGCUUCAGCUGAUGUGGCUGCAGAUAUUGCUAAAUAUACUAGCAAAAUGAUGGAUGCCAUCAAAGGAACAAUGACUGAAAUUUAUAAUGAUCUUUCAAAAAAUACCACUGGAAGUACAAUAGCUGAGAUUCGGCGUUUGAGGAUUGAGAUAGAAAAACUUCAAUGGUUACAUCAACAGGAACUCUCAGAAAUGAAGCAUAAUCUAGAACUGACAAUGGCUGAAAUGCGUCAGAGUCUGGAACAAGAAAGAGAUCGUUUGAUUGCUGAGGUGAAGAAGCAGCUGGAAAUGGAAAAGCAGCAAGCAGUGGAUGAAACUAAGAAGAAGCAGUGGUGUGCCAACUGCAAGAAAGAGGCCAUCUUUUAUUGCUGUUGGAAUACUAGCUACUGUGACUAUCCCUGCCAACAAGCUCACUGGCCUGAGCAUAUGAAAUCUUGCACACAGUCAGCUACUGCAACACAGCAAGAAACUGAUACUGAAAUUAGCACAGAAACAUUAAAUAAAUCAUCACAGCCCAGUUCAAGUGUGCAGCCUACACCCACAGAAACAGCCAGCACCCCCAAGGAGAAGGAAGUUUCAGCUGAUAAAAGCAAAGAGAGUGUUACAGACCCAUCAGUGUAGCUUCUGGUCUGGAUCUUUCGAUACAAGUUGCCUUCUGAUAAGCAAUACUGACUGCAGCACUUCCAAGCCCUUCUUGCCUGGGGGUUCAGAGGCCAAGCUCAAGACCUGCAUUCAAAUCAACUUACUUUAUCACAACAGACUGCCACUAGGGUACCACAAUGUUCCAUAACACUGAUACAACAGUUCACCUGGAUCUACAGUUAACGGAGCAGUGUGCAGUUACGAAAUCCUCCAUAGCAUCUACUCUGAUAGUAUUCAGUAGGCAAGGAUGAGCAAAUGCUCUAAUAAAAGGGACUUAACAUUGCAUAUAUAGAAAAUGUUUAUAGAGAAGAUUUUGCUUUAUAGGUAGGACUUGACUAUUAGCAAUUUCAGCACCGUUUUUCUUCUGCCCUUGCAAGAUUUAUUAAAUGAAAAAUUUUAUGGGGGGGGCUGAUCCUUCAAACCCUUACACAUGAUCCCCUACAUCCGUAGGAACCUUGUUGUAUUUUAAAAUAUUAAAAGCAAACUAAUUUUGUAGUAUUGUGAUUCCAGCAUGAUGUCUCAUUGAGAUAGUCCUCUAGAAUUGGGAAGCAUAGUAAACUAGAGAGCUGUGUUCAUUUCUUGACACUUUUGCUACUACUGUCUGAUGUUAGAUCUUUGGGCUUGACAUGUCAUCUAAGGGAUUAAGUUGGGAAACAUUUAAAGAGGGGAAAAAGGAUGUGCUGUUCCACCUGAAUUCUUUGGGGAAGUUAGUUGAACUUUGGCUCAGUUGAAGUUCGUACGUAUUGUCUGUGGCAGCACAACUUUUGAAUUACUGGAGAAAUACGGGAUGGGAUUACCUAAAACUUUUGCCAGGGAAUAAUCCAAUUAUACUAAUCUGGAAUUGCUUUCACAUAGGUGUUCUACCUGAAACAUCAUGCUGUAUACAUUGAUCAUGUUCAUAAUUUGAAUUUUGUUUUAUUAACAAAGAAGUAACCUGUGAAUUCAUUAAGAUACAAAUUUUUAACACGAACAAAACAUCCAACAUAAAUUUCAUAUUAUAAUAAUAAUGACUAGGUGGAAUUUAUGUAAAAGCUGAGACUUUUACUGAGGUUACCUGUGCUGUCUCUGCAGAUAGCAACAGGUGUGACAAGCAACCAGCCUAUAAAACUGGUCCAGGUACCGCAGACCACCACCUAUAUUCCAACUACUCAACCCACAAUUGUAAGUACAAUAUAUCAUUUAAAGUCUGCAGUAGUACUGUUCCUGGCAUUAAAAUUGCUCAGUAUUUCUGGGGGGUUGUCUCCGUACGCUGUUCUAUCAAGAUAUGAAUUCACUGGUGUAGUCUCAACUUGCAGUGCAAAAUGUCCUAUUUUGCUGUGCAACAUUCCACCCUAUCAUUUCAUCCAUUGAUUAUUACAAAGAUUGAGAAGCUCUCAAUAAGAACAGCUAAGGCACUGAGGACAGUCAGACUUCCAUUUUUCCUUAUUGUGUUAGUUAUUUGUCCGUUUCAUGUAUAUACUUGAAAACAACAUCAAUGUAAAUAUAUAGAAUUCAUUUAAAAUAUCUUUUUGUCUAUGGUAUCCUAAAGAGAUUUAAUGAAUUCUGAGCUAUGCUUGAUAUUCCUGUGACAUCUCAGUAACUCUGGAAAAAAAAUAUGCAUUCAGCAGUAGUGUAUCUCCCAUGCAGUAUUGCACAUUAGCGUUAUGAAAUUACGAGAAAUAGCAUUGCGUUCAGACCUGUUUUUUUCCACUGAAAACUUUACCAAGGACACUUGAAUACCCUAGUAUCAGUCACCGGAGAUGGGACAGAAGUGAGUUUGCUUUUUUUGGAUUUUGUACACCAUACUAUCACAUUCUUUCAACUCGUGGUGUUCUGCGGUGUUCACUUCAGAGUCAGCACGGCAGCUGAGCUGACAUUCUUACCAAAAGAGAAAUGCUGAUACUGCACUGGUAACUGAACUGCAUGCCUUGUCUCAGUGGGGGGUUCAGCUGAGAAGCCCAUGUUUGGGUAACUUCAUUUUCUGCCUGAAGUUAGAUAAUUUAAAUUCAUUUUCAUCCUGUGACUGUGAGGCCUGGUUUGCUAAGUUUUCUCUCUCUGUCUUUCUCUCUCUCUGUGUUCACACAGACAUGCAUGCACCUUUCCCUGCCAGCUGCAGCAUACCACACCUGUGUGCAUUGGAAUACAUGCACCUCCACACAUACACGCGGUGUUUCAUAGCCAUCAUACUCCACACAAAAAAUGUAUUGCUUAUAGUGGCUGUCAUUACUUGUCACAUUCCUAAGCAUUUUUACUCAACUCAUUUCGUCUCAACUGAGAGCACUGUGCAUCUUUGCAGGAUUGGCAUGAAGUUACUUGGACUGAAUUCCCAUAACAAGGUUUUGUGUGUUUUAAAGUCAAAUAGGAAACAUCAGUGAAGUUAGGUUCUUUUGUGAAUAGCUGAGAGGUUCUAAGAUCAUAAAGUGGUUUCGUGUAAUAUUCAGAAAAAUGGCAGUUACCUUCAUCAGUUUUCUGUAAAACAAAAUGUAUUGAGUUAUGUAAAGCGUAAGUGGAACAUCUGAAAGGUUUCAACCUUUAUUUCUGCAUGUUUAAAACUUUGUACACGUAUAUGCAUUAGUCUUGCACAGCUACAGACACCUCUGUAUUCUAACAAUUGCACGUGCAAUUUAAAUAAUUUUAAACCUUAGUGCAUGUUUAAUAUGUAUACAAAAUGUACAUAUGUGAAAAGCUGGCAGAGGUGGAGAAUUUACCUCUCAGGGAAUGAUCCUAACACAUUUAAGGAGUCUUGCACAUUCCAUAUCCCGUUCACUCUAAUAACUGAAACUUUUUUUUUUCAUUUGUGUAAGUGUGUAUAUUUAAAAGACAACUGUGGCAACCUUAAUUUCCCCGCCUAUAGCACUAACAGUGACUUACACAAUGGCUUCCUUAGGGUUCAAUUUGCACUUUGUUUCCAACUAGGAACUUCUCCCCUCUGAACAACUUCCAGUAUAUCUUCUGGGUACCAUUUCCACUGAACUCUCUUUACACAUCUGAAAUCAUUGUAAAAUGACAACAAUCUUGAAUUUAUUUAGAAAAUUGGUUUCGUUUUGGUUUUUAUUCUUUCUGCAGUUAAAUAUUGUAAAAAUCUGAAUUCAUCAUCUUUGCAUUCCAGGGAAUGGAAUGAGUAGGCUUCUGGAAGGCAUAGACUUUGUCACAAAGGAGCUGAUAAACACUCUAGGUUGUAAUCCAUCUCAGUAGGGAUAUUCACAACCUUUGGUGAAUACCAUCAAGACACUAAUGUGAUUUCUUAAAACAAUGUGGGGAGACGUUGGGCUUCAGUGAACUUGUAUUUCUUCUUCCAUGUUCUCUCUGGAACUUUACACUAACAGUAAGGGGAAGACCUGGGCAUCCCUUUCAGAUAUCUCAAAUUCUCACUUCUUGUUUCUUCCACUAAAUAUUGUGAACUGAAAUGGAUGCAUUUGUUUGAUCACCAGUUGUCCAUCACUGGAAUUGUAUCAAAACAUACUUGCAAUUUGUGUGUUAUAGACAUUUCUAAACUUUCUCACGUUUUUGUAGGAAAGUUAAGAUACAGGCUUAAGAUUGAAUAAAUCGUUUUCCAGAUCUUCCAGAGUGAUGUGACCGUUUCCAGACUGUUUAACGUUCUUGUGCCUUUGUCUCUGCAUCUGUAGAAUCAAUUACCACCCAUGGAGAUGUCCUGAAACUUCAUUUGUUAAGAUUUAUAAAUCAUGAUCUGUAUGAUGGAAGUGAAAAAUUUAUUCUAUAUUAGUAUUUUUACGGGGAGUAUAAGACAAUUCCCAGUAAUCCUGAUGUUUUUGUUAUCUAUUUGUGUAAAAGUUAAGUACUUUUUUGUUUAACCGGAUGUUCUUUGCUCUCUUCUGUGUAGACUGAAUGCAUGGAGGAGUUCCUUUUGGGAAAAAGAAAAAGAAAAAAAAAAGAGAUUUAACUAAUGUGUAACAGGAAUAUACUUAUAAACAAGGGUAUUUUUGUACUCCAGUUUGAUUCGUCAAAACUUUUUUCAAAUGACAAAGGAUUUUCUUAGCCCUUUUUUGUCUCCCCAUGUAUUAAUUUGGGGAAAAUAUGUAACUGGACGUAGUAACUUUGAAAACCUAAUUCUCCUAGCAUAGGCAGAGUGUGUACAUUACCUAUAGGAACAACUGUCCCUGUAAUUAUGAAGUAGUAAUAAUACAGUAAAAAACUCUUGGCUCUAGGAAAGUAAUAUACUACUUUCUGCCUUGGAAUAAGGUAAUAUUGUGGUAAUAAAGGUAUUAAUUCUUGCACAAAAUUGGAACUUGUUCUGGAUUUUCCCUGGAAAAUAAAUCUCUAUUUCUGUGGUCAUGUUAAUAUGACCUUUAACAUAACAAUAUGUUUCUCUUGGUUUUAAUUCACAGACCAUUCCUGUAGUGGUAAGUCCUUCUGCUGGGACAGUAGCAAUGAGAACUGGAGUUCAGUAUGUUCAGACCACAAUGCCAGUCCAAGUACGAAGAGUCUAACUGCUAACAAGAAGUCCAUACAAUUGUUGGAAAAAAUAAAUCUAAUAGAGAUGUGAAAAAUAAACACAGUUCUUUGGAUUAACCUCAAAGGUUCAGACUUUAGCUUUGUAUAUGUGUACAAAGCAUUAACUACACUACAUUAAUGUAAAGCAUUAGCGCUGGCUUAGAAAAGCUGAGGACAGGUAAGAUCCGUGUUAAAUCUAUGCUUCUUUUGUAAAUAAUGUACAAUUUGUGGAUGUCAUUAGAGUACCAUCUCCUUUUUAUAUUUGUAUUGACUUUAACUUAUAAAGAGUGUUUGAAGUUGGAAAAGAAAGGUUUAAAAUAGCCUUAUCACAAGCUAAUACUGAAAACUGGUCUCAGAAAAUUGCAGUUGUGCAUCAAAUAAUAUAAUCAGGAGAAUAUGAACAACUUGAUUUGCAUUUGGAUUGAAAACAAUUUCUGCACUUUGAAACUCUUGUAGAAUUUCUUGUUGAGCAACCAAAUGACGAAGGGUAUCUUUUUUUCUGUUAAUUGUAUUAGGCGAAUUACGACAUUUCCAAUCUGUGGACCUGAAAUACAUAUUUACAUUGCUUUUUACAGUGACCAGACUGUUAAAAUUGUUUACAAGAGACAAGUUAAAAUUUCAGCCUAAUAUCAGGAAAGUUUGAAAGUGUAAUACCAGCUGGUUGGUGGCAUUAUUUCUUAUCGCUAAUAUCAAAGAUGAGAAGGGGUUUGGGUUUUGGUUUUCCUGUGCUUCACAGUUCAGUUUUAUUUUCUUCUUCCUCUUCUUCUUCUUCUUCUUUCUUUUUAAUCCUCUCAAAAGGAUUUUGAAAAGCUUUUCAAAUGGAGCAAGAGCUAGGUGUGGAGAAAAACAUGGAUCAGGAAACAUGGGCAAAGGACUUUUGAUGCUGGGCCAGAGCAUGUAUUAUUUAUAUGAUGGAAUUUAUGUUUUUAUGUAAGCAUGAAACAGUACAGUAUGAGAGAAAGUAACCCAUGAAAAUGCUGUCUGUUACACUUAUACUGUAGUACCAUUUUGUAUGUUGUGUAAAACGAAAGCAUUGAACAAAGCAAAGGUGAUGUAUGUAUAUGAGAAAAUUAAUUGUAUGAUAUCAUUCCAGUACAUUCUGUUGUACAUUUUAGUCAUGUUGAUUUCUCCCAUUGUUUAUAAAAGAAUGCGGUUUGUACAGUCUCCAGCUAGUACCCAUAUUAGAGGGAAAAAAGUAUUAAAAGAAAAAAGCGAGAACAGAAUUAUUCGUGAAUUGCAGUUGUGUCAAAAAUAGCCUAGCUGGCCUUAUUUGUGAAGCAUAAUUGCUUUUAGCAUAUGGAAGUAUUUUUUCACAUUUUCUUUGUAUAAAAUUUGUAUUAAACUUAAAUAUCUUUUU